UGUUACUGUGGAAACCGCUGAGAGUGAUGAGAGUAGUAAACCAGUCACUCAGUUAGCUAGCGGAGGUUAGCCGGGACUGCUAACUUCAGAUCAAGAGGGUUUUACCUCGGCGUCAACGAAAACUUCCACAAUGCGGAGGUGGCUCCGCUUCACCUUAAAGGAAGUCAAACCCCAGGUUGAUGAGUGACUCAGUGGGUCUCCACACGCUUGGACCCUGAUUUGUCCUGAAGUACACUUGGAUGCACGUGCACAGACUUCCCCUGACCCACAGACUUCUGCUGACCCACACUCUAAUCUUACACAAUCCAAAUACUGCAUGUGCACGACCUCUGACACACUGGCAACGACGGCAAAAACAGCUGCUGACCUGUUCUGCACAUACACAGGGUCACUGCAAAUAUUGCCAUUCCUCUUCUCCCUUCUCUUCCACUCUUCACCGCUCCUCUCCUCUGCAUACCUUUGGAGCUGCUUAUUGUGACCAUGACCACUGCCUCCUUCUCAAUUAUUUGUAAUAUAUUGGCUUCAAGCCCUGAAUACGUGGACCAGCAGAGAUGCUCACUGAUUAAUUUUUCUGGAUAUCUUGGGCUCCUCUAUGAACAUUGCACGCUCUAUUAGGAUAUUAUAAAAUACAACGUUGUGCUUACAUCUAAAAGACAAUAGUGGCAAUAAGUGAUAUACACUGAUAUAUAUGUAUCCUGCAAACUAAAUGGUUCCAUUUAAGUCAAACCAGACGAUAAUGGAAGGUGAAGCAGAGGAAAGGGAAGGUUCUGAUCUUCCAGAGAAGAGAAAACCUAAGGAUGAUGAAGAAGAGAGUGAGCAGGAGGUGGAAGGCAGACAUGUGCAGAUACCUCUGCAUCGCUGGGUGAUGCAUGGGGCAGUGAUGUUUGGACGUGAAUUCUGCUACGCCAUGGAAACAGCCCUGGUGACGCCAGUGCUGCUGCAGAUAGGUCUUCCUGAGCAAUAUUACAGUUUAACCUGGUUCCUCAGUCCUAUACUCGGUCUUCUCCUCACACCCUUGAUCGGCUCAGCCAGUGACCGUUGCACUCUACGAUGGGGUAGAAGACGGCCAUUCAUUCUGGCCUUGUGUGUGGGUGUGCUGCUGGGAGUGGCACUGUUUUUAAAUGGAUCAUUAAUAGGCCUUUCCAUUGGUGACAGCCCCAACAACCAGCCAAUUGGCAUCGUCCUUACUGUAUUAGGUGUGGUGGUGUUGGACUUCAGUGCUGAUGCCUCUGAGGGACCAAUCAGAGCUUACCUUCUUGAUGUUGCUGACACUGAGGAGCAGGAUAUGGCCCUGAAUAUUCAUGCGUUCUCUGCUGGGCUCGGUGGAGCAGUGGGCUACAUGUUGGGUGGUCUGGACUGGACUGGCACAGCUCUGGGCCAAGCAUUUAAGUCACAGGAACAGGUUCUUUUCCUGUUUGCGGGCAUCAUCUUCAUUAUCUCGGUCACGCUGCACAUGCUCAGUAUCCCAGAGCGACUUUUCACUACAUCCAACCUGCUUAGAGUCACAGGAAGUGGGGAGUCUACCAGCCAGUUGUCUUUCAGGCCCGUUUGCCACAUUCCACCUUUCCUUGAUGUGAUUGCAGAGGAGGAUGCUUCAGCUCAAGCCACAUCCCAGGAGAACAAUGAAUCAGACCAGGAGGAAAUCGAAAUGGAUUUCCUAACUGUGGAAAGAGUGCGAAGUAAAAGCGACUCAGUCUUAGCCAUGCCAGUGGCUGCGAUUGACCUGGAUCCUGACCUUCACCCAGAUGCGCAGCUUUUCCUGCCAGAGAUGCAUCACUUUAUACCAGAGCGUCAGGGAAAGCUAGAAUAUGCUUUCAAGUCAUCAGAUAACAGUAUUUGGACGUCGUCUCCGCCUGGUGGAUCAUCCGCCCUGACUGAUGUGAUGGUCUUAGAACCAACAUACCCUGAGCUAAAUGAUACAACAAACGGUCCUUGUUCUCUCCUUCAGAGCAAUUCUGGCUACGAGGGCUUAUAUCACCGACAGCAGGUCAAGGCUGCCAAUGGUAUCAAUACUUGCGUAUCCUCUCCUGAUCACACCAAUACAGAGAAAGGCCACGCCUCCAGUAAACCCGGGACCCGCCUCUUGAGCACAUCAGUUUCAUCAAGGCCCCACCGACACACCUUUUACAGACAACCUUCCUUUACCUUCUCCUACUACGGACGAGUGGGAUCGCAGCGCUAUCGACUUCGACGGAUGGCAACUUCAAGCCAUCGGCCAAUCACCACUUCCCGUAGUCUGAACGAUCUGAGCGAUCUCCAGCAGCACCCAGACAGGAGAGUGUUGCAGCUAUCGGCCAGCAGUCUGUCAUCUGAGGGCUCAAGCAGUGAGGGAGGACCGGACAGGGGAACAACUGUUCGACUGCUGUGGUUGUCCAUGUUGAAGAUGCCAAGGCAGCUGUGGAGAUUGUGCAUAUGUCACCUCCUCACAUGGUUCUCCUAUAUAGCUGAAGCUGUGUUUUAUACUGAUUUCAUGGGGCAAGUCAUCUUCCACGGAGACCCCACGGCACCAGCCAAUUCCACAGAGCUACAGAAUUAUCACAGAGGAGUACAGAUGGGCUGCUGGGGACUGGUGGUCUACGCUGCUACUGCUGCCGUCUGCUCUGCCAUCCUUCAGAAGUACCUGGAUAAUUUUGAUCUGAGCAUCAAGGUCGUAUACAUCGUUGGUACUCUGGGAUUUUCAAUAGGAACAGCAAUAAUGGCGAUCUUCCCUAAUGUCUAUGUUGCAAUGGUCAUGAUCAGCAGCAUGGGCAUCAUCUCCAUGAGUAUCUCCUACUGUCCCUAUGCCUUACUGGGGCAGUAUCACGAAAUUAAAGAGUACAUUCACCACAGCCCAGCGAACACUCGAAGAGGUUUUGGUAUUGACUGCGCCAUCUUGUCCUGCCAGGUCUAUAUCAGCCAGAUUUUGGUUGCAUCGGCCCUGGGAGCUGUGGUGGAGGCAGUUGGCAGCGUGCGUGUCAUUCCUGUAGUGGCCUCUGGUGGCUCCUUCCUUGGCUUCCUUACGGCCUGUUUCCUUGUUAUUUAUCCCGAUAUGGAGCCCAGCAGCUCGCAGCAGGACAAGGGUUUGGCAGAUUUGUCUGGAGAAUCAGAACAGAAUGGAGAAAGGACCAGUGACCAGACAGUGGCUCUGCUGAACCUCACAGACCAAAACGGUUUGCAGAAGAAAGAGAAUCAUUCUGUUGCCUAAGUAUGAACAAGGAAACUGGUCAAGGUUUAUCCAUGUGAGGAUUAUACCAAAUGCAUCCAGUUUCCUUUUUUGAUGGUCUGUGCUUUUCUGGAGGAGGAUGGAAUAGAGGACUGACAAGAAGAAACAAGCUCAGUUCUGUGCUGCUCUGCUUGUUUUGAUGCUACCUCAACUUUAAAACAAAUCAGUGUUUGGAUGGAUCAUGAUUAAUUGUUUAAACACAGGACUGUGUUUCUAUGAUGUUAUACAGAGGCAGCUGGACUUGUUGUUUCACUUCUCGUCUGUAGUUCUAACUGAACUUAAAAUGCUCUGUUCUGACCUGGCAUUGACAUCUCUCCUGGGUGAUCAAAUCACGCAUGACCACAUUCUUACAACAGUGUCAACAUGGGAGACACGUUCUGAUACCAGGGGUAAACUUCCGCCCUCCGAUAUGUCCACUUGUGAUCAAGUCACCAGAGACACAUGUUGACGCCAGGUGUAAACAUGGCUCCAGAGAGUUGUUGAAGUCACGUGAGCUGGUGACAUGUGAUUUGGUUUGACUAUUGAAACUAACUUACCUCAGACUACUGAAGUAAACUCAGUUCUUUUGGGAAGCACAGAGCACUUUCUGUCUCACUAUUGAACAGUGAUGUCACACUGAUCUUACAGAACGAUGUAAAGUUUGACAGUUCACGUCAUGGAGGCUGCUCUAUAACUGCUUAAUAGACAAUCAUAACACUGUAGAAUCUGUGCAACUCUGCUUUAGUUCUCUACUGAACUCAGAUGUAGAUAUUUGUUCCAAUCUGUUAUUUUAUAACUGCCACACAGUUUCCAAUCUUCAUGUGUAGGUGUCUGCUGUUGCUAUAGAAUUACACAGAACAGUGUUUUUAAAUUUCAUUUAUUAUUCACAUUUAUGACUUAAGAAACUGUUAGUGUGCAGUUAAAAGUGCUCUUCUAUUAUAUUUAUUUGUUUCUUGCCUUAAUAGAAACAGAACAAAUCUGAAUGCCAUCUCUUCUUAUGAUAACAAGCCACAGCGCAUCAUGCUGUAGUGACGAGAUGAACCUGCAGCUGUUGGCUGAUGGCAGAUUUUGCUUUGCAAUCGCUGUGACUUCCCUCUGUAAAUGUUAGCUUAUUUAUCAUGGCCUCUCAAGUGGUUUGAGUUUUUAGUGGAAUUGUUUUGCAGGGAUUUUUUUUUCGCAGUGUUGACUGAAUUCUAAAUUAUAUUUUGAAAUAUACAUUCCAAACACAGUUGAAAUGGGGAACUAGUUAGUGACGAGCCUCUGCUCAUCACUAUCUAGUACCCUAACUAACUAGGACUUUGUACUUUGUAAAGAAUGCCUUGCUUUGUGUACUGUGCCUUUGUGAUCAUUUAACAGCUAUGAAUCUGUCGUGCUGUUCGAAAAGGACAAAUAAGGAGAUGAACCCAUGCUGCCACACUUGAACACAUAUUCAGUUUCACAAAUCUAAUAAGCUACAGACAUCAGGGUAGACUCUACUUUGUGAAUGCUUUUCUUAUCACUGUUUAGAGUUGGUGUAAAUGCCCAGAGCCUUAAACUCACUGAUGAGAGCAUUAUUUGUUUAAUUUUGGAGGAUUGAUGUCACAUGGUCUGUAAAAAUGCUGCAUAUUGAAUGUUAGACAGGACAACUUCUAUGCAAGGCCAGCGACUGAUCUACGGGAUGCAAACUUGUAAAUCCCUUAGCUGCUGGACAAUGCUCUCUGUAUUUAUGGGGACCUUGUUUUACUGCUAACUCGGCCAGUGCUUUACCUGUCAUGACAGAAACAUAUCUUUUAUGGUGUGUUCACUGUCAUUUAGUAUUUAAGGCCUCAAGAGUUACACAACCUAAUUUCUAAAGGGAUCAUCCUCAUUCUGUGGAAUUCUGCUACUGUCUACUGACAAAUGCUGAGAUAAUCGGUCCGAGAUGAAAUAUUAAAUCACUAAUUUUUAACUGUAAAUAAUGCAGAGACUUCUAAUAGGGAAUUGUUCAGAGGCUGUUUUUGACUAAGAGGCAAGGCGUCACAGUUUAUAAUUUUGUAAACUUAAUGUUUUUCUAAGGCACGAGAACAGGAAGUAUCCAGUCUGGAAUCUGAUGUUAAAACUUUUAUUUCACUUUAUUCGUUCAGGAAAUUGAAAGAGAAAGUUUUCUUAACAGCUUCCAUAUCUGUUACAAUAACACUGUUUUUCAUACGAAACUACUGAAUAAGCAAAAUAAUUAUGUGUGACCUUCUUGUUCAAAUUGUUGACUUUUUGAUUUAAUACAAAUGUAAAGAUGUUUGGGAUGAUGGUCUCUGUCACUGACAUGGUUUCUUUUGCUGCUUCUUGCUGCUGUACAGAAUUUUGUACAGCAAAAUCUCGGUAUUUUUAUACCAAUUAUUUGAAAAAAAGAGACGAUGACU